UGUUACCCAUAAUACAUUGCUACUGUCUCCUGCCUGAGUGACCACUGCUGUCAAAAUCGCUCGCACCUGAUGCCAACUUUAGAUGAGAGGAAACAACUUUUGCUGUUUGUUUGUUGAUAUAACAUUUUAAUCUAAUUGUAAAGCAUAGUUGCCUUGUGUCAGUUGAUUGUAUACUGCAUUAGAUUCAGGAAUCACACACAGAGACACUUGCAAAUAGAAAUUCUGAGGGAUUGAGUGUGUGUACUUUACUUUUUAUUUUAUUUUAUAUUUUUACAGCACCUCCAAAUGGAGAUAUGACAUUAAAAUAGAGUGGAUGUCUUCAUAACUGUGUUACCUAGCUUGUUGCACUUCAACAGUACUCCUCCUUUUAUUUGUAAGAAGAGAAGAAAAUCAAUACUGUGCUCAAAAGAGAGGCAGUUCAUCCUGUUAAGAGUCACUCCACUAUUGGCAGAAUUUUUCGAUGUUGUGAUUUAUUGUCAUUGCUGUUAUUUGUCCGACACAGAAAAGAAAAGAAGUACAAGCACAAGUGGAAUACAGGAGAGUCAGUCAACAUGUUAUUUUCUUUUAGGGCAGCACGGUGGUCUUUAUAAGAACUCAGACAUCUGUAAGCAGCACUCUCUUACAGGAGGAGCAGAAACUGAACAGGAAAUCUGAAUCUCUAUUACAAACACAACGGCCAUGUCAUUGCUGCAUAAACAGACUUGGAGGUAUUUAUUAAAUCAAUAACAGUUUUAGAUAUAGGAAAAGAGUAUUUAAAUAUACAAACGUGAAUUUCACGCAGGAAGCCUUAAAAUGUAUUCUUAUCUUUUCUGUCUCACUUGGUGGCAACUGUGACAUCUGAUACGGCUUUAAAAGGGCUGAUCUCUCUCUCUCUGUCUGUUGUGGAAACUUGAAUGGAAUUAAGCAUCCUAAGCCUGUAAGCAGGGCCCAUGUUGUUCAUGAUUUGUAAAGAAUCUUAAUUAUAGAAGACAAUCAGAUAACUUCAACUUGCUAAAUAUACUCAGAAUUAUUCUAUUAAUCACAGUCAAAGUGACACAUCUGAAAGUACUCCUAAUAGUACAUUCAGUAUGUAUUAUCUCAUACAGUAAACCACUGUUCUUGUGUGUGUGUGUGGGGGGGGUGUUAUUGUUUAUUCGAAAUAAAGACUUCAAUCAAUCAAUAUUCACGUUAACCUUUCUAAGCGUCUCUUGAAGAGUUACAGUGUUGACCACUUGUAUAACUGUUCAAAGCCAUAAUCUGUUAAAAUCAUACAUGUUCCACCCAAUACACUGCUAUUAGUUAGCAGGAAGUUGAUUAGGAAGGAGUAUCCAUUGUUUAAUUGAACAUUUUUGAGUCACAUUAAUGAUUUAUAUGAAUUCAUAUUCCAUGGGUAAAAAGGAAGUAUCAUGAUGGGAUGGUUUUUUUUGUUUCAGCAAUGCAAUAAAUGCCAUGCCCACUAGAUGGCAAAGUCAUCCACACCCUAAAAUAUGAAUGGUACAUGUCUUUAACAGUCAGAAUUGUGAAGGCAGGCUGCCUGAAACAACCCUCAGUAUCCUUUUUUGAAUUAGUUUUCUUGUAUUUGUCUACACCUUUUUUUGUUUACAUGUGAUUUUUUUUGGAUUGUGAUUGUUUUUCUUUUCAUUAGUACUACAGUAGAGGCAGCUAAAUAUGUGCAGCACUGGAGUCCAUUACAAUUGUGCUUAAUGGCAAAAACAUUUAGGUUUGGUAUAUGGUUUGUUGAGUAUGUAUGGUGAGGUAUAAUGAAUUUGGUAUGGUGAUGUAUGGUAUAGUGAGGUAUAGUAUAGUGAGGUAUGGUUUGUUAUCAUUAUUCAGCAGCACCACAAACUAUCCUUCACCCCACCCGUCAUUGACUCUUCAAGUAUUUUUUAAGCACUGUGUAGCCUCGUUCCCAAUUUCAACCUCUGCCAAUUCCUGCUUGCAAUUAGCUUAAACCACAAACAUUCAUUUGUUCCUUAUUGGAUUUGGUAACGAGGAUCCAAAGACUGAAGAAUGAUUUUGAACCUUGUAGUGUCAUAAAGCUGUGAGCUCCUAUAGUCUGUUAAGAAGCAUUCAGCAGGAACAAUGUUCAGGAUCUACGGUUCAAAGAGCAAAUCUGAAUCUUGAUCUCUACUAACCACUGUCUGAUGUUUCUCUUUCAGUAAGAUACCAUGAUGUGCGGUGUAUAGCAAACAUCCAAAUGAAACCCCCUCUGUGGUCAGCUCGCUGCCUUGAGACUUGAAGAGUGAGGCAGUGUUGGCCUGUGUUCAUGAGUGAGAAAAAAAAAAGUUGUUCCCUCUUAACAAACACUGACAGAUGUGGGCCACAGCAGGGGGAGGGGUCUAUGAACAAACAAAGCAGAUAAUGGCUGUGCUCUUAAGGUAGACAUUUUUUUUAUUAACCUUAUGCUUCUCAGCAUAGUAUUAUUCUAUUAUUCUCCUCUUGUUUUUGCUCUGCAAAUUCUAACAAAGAGGAGAGGUAUUGCACAUUUUGCAGUAUUGGCUCACUGAAUCAGUCCCAGGGCCGUUGCUGUUUUGUAAUCAAGGAGUUUUUUUUUUUUUAUCAGUCUUUAUUUGAAAGCUGCAAAGUGAAAGUGAAAGUGGCCGGUUAAAUUGCACAUGUGCUACCCAGAAAUGACUUUUUCUUUUACUUUUACCAGGUCCUUAUUGUUUCAUUCUUCAUAAAGUUUGGCAGCAUAUUGUAUCUCAUCAAGUAAAAUGUUCUGGAAGGUCCCAUGUCACUAAAAUAUACUUAAAAUGUAUUCUAUUGGUUUACUUUAUUUAAUAUUUUGCCCCCCUGGAAAAGAAAGAAAGAUAUGUACUGCUGAUGCUAUCAAAGGACAGUCAUUCUGUAUUGAGCCUAUGUUCUAAAGCUAUUAAUGUCAUUGUGAUGUAACCUAAUUAACAAUUGGAAUUAAUCAAGACUGUUUUUCAUGUUUCUCCUUAAACUUGUAGCUUUACAUUGCAUAGUGUUUGACAUCACAUUUAACCUUUUAAUGAAGCAGCCUAUAUUGUUUAUCCUUAUCAGUAUCUACUUUGAUCAUUUGACUUUUCUUAAAAUUUUAAUACAUUCUUCUUUUUAUAUAUUAUUAUAUCCAAUGGCCUAUGCACGUUUUUCCAAGUAAUUUUGUGGGCUUUAAAAAAAAAUAAAAAAAAUAACCGUCUAUAAAAAUAGACUGCGCAUGACACUAGAAUAAGAUUGUUAACAUUUCGGCCUACUAUUGAACAACAGACAUAACAUGAACAUCACAUAGUUCAUCUCAUGUCUCUGAACGAUGUCUGACUGAACCACCGGAGGGUUUCUCUCUUCUCCCAUCGCUUAUUUUGUGACUGCAGAUUCUGCGUUGCUGCUGCUCAUACGCAAUCCCUGGAUAGGUGGUUGCCAUGGUUUCCUGGGUCACAUGCGUGGGUUUCCUGUAGCCAGAAGCAGCAAGAAGAUGCUCGGACCAAAAAACCCAGAGCCAUUUUCAUUGAAGAAAAAGAGAGGACCCGCUCACUGACUGCGUGUCCAGUUUCACACGCCGGUCUGUUCAUUUCGACUAGAAUUUCUUUUUCUCAGUCUCAUCUUUAAACUCGUCGCUAACCGGUUUAGUCCACAUUCAUUAGACUGAUAACAGGAAUGAGUAUAGAAAUUCCUGAAGGACUGACGGAGCUGUUACAGAGCUUUACCGUGGAAGUGUUGAGGAAUCAGCCAAGGGAUUUGCUCGAGUUUGCCUUGCAGUACUUCACCCAGCUGAAGGAAAAAGAGACCAAAGAGGCCUCGUUUGGCAAUGACCAAAAUUCGGCCCCGAGACUGGGAAAAGCUGUCAAUUUCAUUGACGAAGCCAUGCAGAUCGAUUCGGAAAACGGAGAGGAGGACGACGACGACGACGAGGAAUUCAUAGCCCCGGUUAUAAACAGAUUCAUCAGAAGAGCAUCAGUGUGCGCUGAAGCGUUCAACCCUGAUGAAGAUGAGGAGGAAAAAGAGCCAUGGAUCACCCACCCAAAAACCGAUGAGCAGAGACAGAGGCUACAGGAAGCAUGUAGGGACAUUCUUCUGUUCAAGAAUUUGGAUCCAGAACAGAUGUCUCAGGUGCUGGAUGCCAUGUUUGAGAAGUUCUGCACUGAAGGGGAGCACAUCAUUGAUCAAGAUGACGAUGGGGACAACUUUUAUGUUAUAGAGAGCGGGACAUUUAAUAUUUUCGUAAUGGUUGAUGGCAUGGAAAAGCUGGUAGGUUGCUAUGACAACAAAGGCAGCUUCGGAGAGCUGGCACUGAUGUACAACACCCCCAGGGCUGCCACGAUAAUCGCCACCUCGCCUGGAGCCCUUUGGUGCAUGGAUCGUCUGACAUUCAGGAGGAUCAUUGUGAAGAACAAUGCCAAGAAGAGGAGGCUGUAUGAGGCGUUCAUUGAAACACUACCACUGCUUAUGUCAUUAGAGCUCUCAGAGAGAAUGAAGGUAGUAGACGUAUUAUCUACCAAGGCGUAUUGUGAUGCACAGCAAAUCAUUGCUCAGGGUGAUUUAGCAGAUUGCUUCUACAUUGUCGAGUCCGGCCAGGUUAGAAUCACCAUGAGAAGAAGCAGGACGAAAAAAGACCAGGAGGAGGAGGAGGAGGUGGACAUCGCCACAUGCUCUAGGGGCCAGUAUUUUGGAGAGUUGGCGCUCGUCACGAACAAACCAAGAGCUGCAUCUGCCUAUGCUGUGGGGAGCGUUAAAUGCCUCGUCUUGGACGUUAAAGCCUUCGAGAGGUUGCUGGGCCCCUGCAUGGACAUCAUGAAGAGAAACAUAGCUAACUAUGAGGAGCAGCUGGUCACCUUGUUUGGAAGUAGCACUGAGAUCGAGCAACAAAGUGCAUGAGAAGACUCCAAUGGACCAUGAAUUGAAUGGAUGAAAACAAAUUUUAUCAAUAUCAUUUUCUUACAAGAAAUGUGAAUAUUCACCACAACAUUUGUGUGUCAGAUAAAUAAGUCCGAUCCACCAUUAUGAGACAAAGGUUUAUUAUAGGAGAGUUUGCCACCGAGUGAGGAAGCCAAGAGUUGCUUAAAGCUUGUUUAAAUUGGAGUUAUCACAACUAAAACCUUAAAAAUGUAACUGUACAUUCACUCUUCAUCGUCAUAUAUAAUAUUUGUCAGUUGAACACUUUUUUACUCUCACGUUUUUCUCUGCUGUGUUAUAGUUAUACCUACAGUAUUAUAUCAUUUGUACAUUUCUAAACAUUGUCUGCCAAAAUCAGAUGCCAAAGCUAAUUUCCUACAGGAUAGUUGUGAGCAAAGAUGUCACCUUCUCUUCACCUUCUCUUCUCUGGCAUGAUCACCAACUCCUGCAGAAUAAGGUGCACUGGCACAUUCAUACAAAGCCCCAAUGUGAGAAAGUGUAGACAAUUUGCAAAGAAAGGCCUCUGGAUUCUGUUUUUGAAAAAAACAUCUUUUACAUUUUGAUCUCAUCGGAAUGUAGACUUGGCAGUACUCGAGCAUUUUUGCUGAAUACUUUUUUGUCUGUCAUAAGAUUUGAACUGAUGGACACAUGUUCAUACACUGUAUAUCAUUGUUGGUCAGUGUUUGUGGCUGUUAGCCGUAUACUAUGCCUUUGCAAAAAAGAAAAAAAAGAAGAAAAAUAAAGAAGAAAAAACUCAGAACAGACUUCAGAAAGAUAGCUGAUAGUUUUGUAAGACUAUACAACAUAUUGCUGUACAAUAUGAGUAUUAACUGUUAUUAUAUAGGCCCACUUAUAAUUCCAUAAGUUGCCCCAUAGACUGUUGUCUUUAUUGGCAAUGUCUUGAGACAUUUGCUUUCCCUGUGUUUGAAUGUAAAAUUUCAGUCAUUCUGUUUUUGUGUCAGUGAAACAUAAAUGAUGAUUAUGACAUCCAUUAUUGCUGCCUACCUCUGCCAACAACAUUUACUGUUUGGAAACACGUAUUCUGUUGUUCCCUCGCAACAGUGGUCAAAAGUGGGCCUUCUCUGCUCCCUUCUUCUCUCUCUGUUUAAAAUUAAUAAUGAAGUAUUCUGUAUUUCUGUAAGCUGGAUAGAGCUGUUGUUUGAAAAUUGAUAUUCUGAAUUUACCCCCCCCCCUCCACCCCUUCCUGCAAAUAUGACUGGUAACUUUUGAAGGCAACACAUAAAGCUAGCUGGAAGAACUGUAUGUUUCAUUUUUCAUGUCAAUAAAGAGCCUUUUUGUA